AUGGCAUCAGCCAGAUCAUCUAUCGCUGCCUUCAUUCGGCAUCCAAUUGUCCAAACCUUCACCCUUUUCUAUCUGUUCAUCCAGGAGGUGCUUCGGUAUAUCUUCUCCCCGGUGCCACCCCCGCCAUCGGCAAACCGCCCGGAUAAGCCCAAGAAGAGGGUUGCUGUCAUCGGUGCCGGAGUGACCGGUAUCUCGUCGGCCGCCCAUUGUGUCGGUCAUGGCUUUGAUGUGCAGGUUUUUGAGUCUCGGUCUCGAGAGAAGGGACUUGGAGGCAUCUGGAGUAGAGUCAACUCCACCUCCGCCCUUCAGGUGCACAGCUUGAUGUACCGAUUUCACCCCUCUGUUCACUACGAUAGUGCCUAUCCUAGCCAGCAGCAGAUCAAAGAACAGGUUCUUGCCCUCUGGAAACGAUACGAUCUCGAAGAUCGCACGGUAUUCGACACCCCAGUGACAUCUGUCAAAAAGACGAAGGAUGGGAAAUGGAUCAUCAAUGAUGACGAAGGCCAGUACGGCCGUUUUGACGGUAUCCUCGCUGCAGUGGGGGUUUGCGGAGAUCCGAAGAUGCCCACAUUGCCCGACCAAGAAAGGUUCAAGGGGCAAAUCUAUCAUUCCUCCAACCUCGACGGCAAGGAUGCUAAAGGGAAGAAAGUACUCAUCGUUGGUGGUGGUGCCAGCGCUAUUGAAGCGUUGGAGUUUGCUGUCAAGUCUGGUGCAGCCGAGAUCGAUGUCCUGGCACGUUCCGAGAAGUGGGUAAUCCCGCGAAAUAUCCUGGUUCAAUCUUUACUGGCGUUCAAUAUUUUCGGUCAAGAGACGCCGCUCUCGUGGAUUCCAGAGUGGCUUUUGCGCAAGUUCUUCUAUCGCGACCUACAGGACAUUUCCCCGGCUGGUGACGGUAUCUUUACCGAAACUCCUAUGGCCAACUCUGACCUCUUUCACCAAAUUCGCAAGGGCAAAGCUCAUUGGCUUCGAGGCGACAUCGUCUCGGUCGAGGAGGAGGGCAUCCUGUUCAACCAUCGGGACCAGGGUGUUCCCAAGGGAGGACCUGGUCGAGAGGGACUAGUGAAGGGAGACAUCAUUGUCAUGGCGACCGGAUUCAAGCGCCCCUCUUUGACUUUCCUGCCGGACGAAGUGUUCGAAGAGCCUUAUGGGCCUCCCAACUGGUACUUACAGGUCUUCCCCCCCAAGUAUCCCGACAUCUGCGCCAACAACAGCACUUAUGUUGAUGCGAUCGGAACUGUGGGCAACAUGCACAUUGGAAUUUACACGCGCUUCCUCAUCAUGUUUCUUUCUGACCCAUUAACCCGCCCCACUGAGGAUCGGAUGAAGACUUGGAUCGAUUUUACUCGGUUUAUGAAGCGGUUUUCGCCUACCAAAGCUUUUAACUUCUUCACGUAUGCUGAGCUCAUUUACUGGUAUGUGUUCUGCUUAGCGGUCAACCCAUUCCGGUGGAAGUGGGCUCUCUUUGUCUUCUUCGGAAUUGGGCGCUCUAUACCUUUGGCGUUUGUUGAGCAGGAGGCCAAGUUCCGGCAGCAGUUGCGCAAGGAGCGAAAAAAACAAUUAAGUUUGGGUGGGAAAUAUGGAACGGCCAAGUGCCGAGACUCACAAUUAGCAUCGCAAUAG